GGAUUAUUCAAAUUACUGCGUUACUAUGGUUCUGAAGCGUGCACUUGGGUUCCUUAAGGGAUUGUUGUAUGAACCUUAUGGUUUUUUGUUUCUGUCGCCUCUUCUUCUGAUUGCAGAUGUUUUAUUUAGUUACUUAAUUGUUGAAAAAGUUCCAUACACGGAAAUAGACUGGGUCGCUUAUAUGCAGCAGGUUGCAGGGUUUUUAAAUGGCACUUUGGAUUAUGACAAGUUGGAAGGUCAAACAGGGCCGUGCGUUUACCCAGCGGGAUAUAUAUACAUUUACACCUUUCUUUACUGGCUUACCAGUGCAGGAACAGCCAUAAAAAUUGCUCAGUUCGUCUUUCUCGCACUGUAUAUCGCUACAUUAGUGCUGGUUUUCAAUAUAUACAGACUGUCAUUCCACGUUCCCCCCUAUGCCCUCGUUUUUAUGUGUGUUGUAUCUUAUCGUGUGCAUUCAAUAUACCUAUUGAGACUUUUCAAUGAUCCGGUCGCCAUGUUCUUUUUGUAUGCAUCCAUCAACGCCUUGCUGUACAACCGUUUCACAAUUGGGAGCGUAUUGUUCAGUCUUGGUGUGUCUGUAAAGAUGAACAUACUGCUUUUCUCUCCUGGAUUUUUGAUUGCUCUGGUCUGGCAUAGAGGACUCUUCGCAACCAUUGGUCAUCUUUUCGAGUGUUUCGCUGUACAAUUGGCUGUUGGCACUCCAUUUCUGUUCCACAAUGCCUGGGCAUAUGUGAGCAGAGCAUUUGAUUUUGGUCGCCAGUUUAUGUUUGUAUGGACAGUUAACUGGAAAUUCCUACCAGAAGACACGUUCUUGGAUAGGCGGUUUCACCUACUUUUGUUGAGUGUACAUUUAUGUCUGCUAUUCAUAUUUUUCUGGAAGUUUGUUCGUUCACGUGGUGGCUUAUGGAAUUAUCUCUGCAUUUUUGAUCCUGAACGAAAUCCAAAGUUGGAUCCUUCAGCUAUCCUAUACCCCUUGUUCAUGUCGAAUUUCGUCGGUAUUAUUGUUAGUCGUUCGUUGCAUUAUCAAUUCUAUGUUUGGUAUUAUCAUACUAUUCCAUACCUGCUAUGGUGUGUUAAAGGCUUCUCCGUUCCUGUCCGACUGUUAAUUCUUGGUCUAAUUGAAAUUUGUUGGAACACUUAUCCAUCAACCAUUUGGAGCAGCGGUCUGUUACAUGCAUGCCAUUUAUCAAUCUUGGUCGGAUUAAUUAUGGGUUCUGUGCCAAUGAAAUCUAUCUCUCUGCAUGCCAACAAAGAAACAACUAAGAAUACAGCUAAUACUCCUUCAAAAAAUCAAGCAUCCAGUGCUCGUAAAAAAGCCUUCAAAGGAUCAAGAACUUCUAGUGGAAAGCAGAAACAAGCUUGAACUCUUUCAUCCUAAUGAAUACCUGUGUAAAUGUCUUUUAUAUUGUCACUUAUAUUCAUGUACAGAAUGGUUUAUUUUUCUAGAAAAUAAACUAUUACUAGUCUGCAGUUUACUUCAG